GCCCGCGCACCAUGGCGCCCCCCCAGGUCCUCGCGUUCGGGCUCCUGCUCGCCGCGGCGACGGCGGCGGUGGCCGCGGCCCAACAAGGAUGUGUGUGUGAAAACUACAAACUGACCACAAACUGCUCUUUGAAUGCGCUUGGUCAGUGCCAGUGUACUUCAAUUGGUGCACAAAAUUCUGUCAUUUGCUCAAAAUUGGCUUCCAAAUGUUUGGUGAUGAAGGCAGAAAUGACUGGGUCAAAGGCUGGGAGAAGACUGAAACCAGAGAAUGCUAUCCAGAACAACGAUGGGCUCUAUGAUCCUGACUGUGACGAGAAUGGGCUCUUCAAAGCCAAGCAGUGUAAUGGUACCUCCAUGUGCUGGUGUGUGAACACUGCUGGGGUCAGAAGGACCGAUAAGGACUCUGAAAUAUCCUGUUUGGAGCGAGUGAGGACCUACUGGAUCAUCAUUGAACUAAAACACAAAACAAGAGAAAAACCUUAUGAUGUCACAAGUUUGCAGAAUGCACUCAAGGAGGUAAUCACGGAUCGUUACCAACUGGAUCCCAAAUAUAUUACAAAUAUUCUGUAUGAGAAUGAUAUUAUCACCAUUGAUCUGGUACAAAAUUCUUCUCAGAAAACUCUGAAUGAAGUAGACAUAGCUGAUGUAGCUUAUUAUUUUGAAAAAGAUGUUAAAGAUGAAUCCUUGUUCCAUUCCAAAAGGAUGGACCUGAGAGUAAAUGGGGAACUACUGGAUCUGGAUCCUGGUCAAACUUCAAUUUACUAUGUUGAUGAAAAACCACCUGAAUUUUCAAUGCAGGGUCUACAGGCUGGUAUUAUUGCUGUCAUUGCAGUUGUGGCGAUAGCGAUUGUUGCUGGCAUCAUUGUGCUGAUUGUUUCCACGAAGAAAAGAAGGGCAAAGUAUGAGAAAGCUGAGAUAAAGGAGAUGGGCGAGAUGCAUAGGGAACUCAAUGCAUAACACCGUAAUUUGAAGGGUAACUACAAGAAGGGAAAUUAGCACAGGCUCAGAUUACUAAUGUGUGGGGCAAAGAGAAGAUCUUUGAGGACCACUAUUGUGUUAGUUAACAUCGUAUGUUUGUGAUAGUUAAACCUGCAUUUAAAAUAGAAGCAGCUUGAAAUUGACUUUACUAAUCUUAAAAUUUGACCACAGAUGUCAUAAGUAUGCAGAUUUGAUAUUAAACCCAGCAUUUGGACUGCAUAGUUUGAAUUAUUUAUGCCUAGCAUUGAAAGGUAUGCAUUAAAUAUGCUUCCACAGUAGAGUCUGAAUGACUACUGUCUUACCCAUUUGUGAUUAAAUGUUUGCCUGUUUACUUUGAGUCUUGUACAUAUAAACUUUUUUUAUGAACUACAAAAUAAAACAUUUAAAAAAU